AUGUUUCCAUUAGGCUCAAAAGUUCUGAAUGAGGAUUUUUAUAUGGACGAUCUAAUCAGUGGGGGAGAUUCCCCAGAAGAAAUUUUUGGUAUAUAUGAAGAAGUUAGAACCCUUUUACUUAGUGCAGGCUUUGAGCUUCGUAAGUGGUGGUCGAAUGAAAAAACUUUGUUGGAUGUCGUACCAGAAGUAGAACGAGAGAAACCACUUAGAAUAAAUGAUGCAGACAUUAUUAAAACGCUAGGAAUCAAAUGGAAUCCAUCUUCAGACGAGCUCCAGUAUGUGAUUCCAGAAAUUAAGUUAAACCAGAAAAUAACAAAGCGCAUUAUUCUAUCUGAAUUGCCUACUCUAUUUGACCCAUUGGGGUUACUUAACCCAGUUGUUGUGAAAGGUAAAAUUCUGUUGCAAAGCUUGUGGGUAAAAAAGACUGAUUGGGAUGAAUCAGUUCAAGCACGAAUUUUUACUGAAUGGGAAGCUUUUCGAAAUCACUUGAAAGAGUUGGAAUUGGUCAAAGUUCCGAGAUAUGUGUUAAGUUUGAGGUCAAGAAACACACAAAUUCAUGGAUCCUCGGAUGCAUCUUUACGUGCAUAUGGCUGUUGUGUUUAUUUAAGGUCUGUUGACAAAAAGGGGGUAGUUUCUUGCAACUUGAUAACGGCAAAAUCCAGAGUAGCGCCUAUAAAAACUCAAAGUUUGCCAAGAUUGCUUGCUUCUAUUAUUUUAAAGAUUCUUCCAAAUUUCUCGCAUAUAGUUGACGAUAUUUACUUAUGGACCGAUUCCGAAAUAGUGCUUUGUUGGUUGUCAGCACAUCCUUCGAGUUGGGAAGUAUUUAUUGCGAAUAGAGUAUCAAAAAUACAAACAAAUUUGCCCCAAGCUACUUGGAAGCAUGUAAACACAAAACAAAAUCCUGCAGACAUUGUAUCUCGAGGUGCCUAUGCAAGUGAGUUGAUGGACAGCAUGUGGUUUUCGGGUCCAAAAUUCCUUAAAUUGUCACAAGAAAUGUGGCCUAAACAAAAAGAUUUGUCUAUGAUAAGAAAAGAUACUCCUGGAAUGCGAAAAUGUAAUGUAGUUCUUUUGGCAAAAAUUAUAGAUGAUCACUUUGAGAAUAUGUACUUGCGUUUUAAAAGCAUUGACAAAACAUGUCGAAUAUUUGCGCUUAUACUUCGCUGGAUAAUCGUAGUUCGCAAAAAGAUGAUAAUUAAGAAAGAAGAGAAAGAACAAAAAGAAGAAAAAACUGUUUUUGAAGAAUAUGAACUUCGUUAUAAUUCACCUAUCAGAGCUGAUGAGAUUGACAAUGCGUUGCUCAGAAUUCUUUGGAAUAUUCAACAAAAGAACUUCCAGGAGGUAAUUCAUAAAUUAAAAAAAGAAGACAUAAUUAGCCCUACGAGUCCCGUAAAAAAUCUUAAUCCUUUCCUCGACGGUGACUCAUUUAAACUCCUUAGAGUGGGAGGGCGUCUGCAGAAUGCGGACAUACCUUAUUCUGUAAAAUAUUCCAAUCCUUCUUCCUAA